AUGUCGAGCAGCAAGAAAUUGCCGCUAACGGCCAGAAUCUCGCACUGGAGGGCCAGGCUUGCUUCCUUCAGCGUCGGCGACCUCUUCUCCCAAAAAUCGGAGCCAGGACCAGCGAGGACGGUAUUCAUCCACCAGAAGCUCCCGGGAAGCUACUAUGAUCACAAGGGAAAGCUUCGAAAGGAGUUGCUAUUCAACCCUAACCAAGUCGUAACCUCAAAGUAUACGAUUAUUACCUUCAUACCCAGGAACUUGCUGGAGCAGUUUAGGCGCAUUGCCAAUGUGUAUUUUCUGGCGCUAUGUAUUCUGCAGUUCUUUCCCAUGUUUACGACGGUAGCGCCUGGUGUGGUCAUCCUCCCGCUGUUGUUCAUCGUGGCGGCCACUGCGCUCAAGGACGGCUAUGAAGACUAUCAGCGACACCAGGCCGACCAGAAGGUCAACUACAGCAAGGCGAGGGUCCUCUCCGGCUUUUCGGACUCGAGUAGGAUGAAGCCGAAGAGCAAGACGUUUAUGCGCAAGAUCAUGCCAGCUAGGUUGACGAAACAGCGCUCCGUCGAGCUUUCCGCAGUCGCCUCCAAUGACGCUCAUGACGACGACCCGUCUCAGUGGAGAGAAACCUUAUGGGAAGACAUCUCUGUGGGCGACUUUGUCAAGAUCGCCGACAACGAACCCAUUCCUGCCGACAUCCUCAUUUGUGCUACCUCUGAAGAAGACAACGUCGCAUUCGUGGAGACCAAGAACCUCGACGGAGAAACCAACCUCAAGUCUCGCCGUGCGAUCGACUGCCUUACUCGGUUCAAUGGAUCCCGCGCUUGCAUGGACCCGCAGAAUGCAUUUCAGGUUAGAUGUGAUAGGCCGGACGUCGACAUGUAUAGGCUCAAUGCAGUGGUGGAUAUAAGCGGGCAGGAGUCGGCGGUGGAUGCGAGCAUGGUGUUGUUACGCGGGACCGUACUCAGAAACACCAGUUGGGUCAUCGGCGUAGUUCUAUUCACGGGUGUGGAUACCAAGAUCAUGCUCAAUGCUGGCGAGACCCCGAGCAAGAGAAGCAAGGUCGAGCGGCAGAUGAACCCACAGGUCGUUAUCAAUCUCGCUAUCCUGUUUGCUCUUGCCGUGGUUUGCGGUAUCGCUGACUCGCUGCUGCAACAACAUUAUUACCCCCUCGGCGCUCCUUGGCUAUUUGGUGCCUCCUUACCCGAUAACAACCCCAAAAUCAACGGUCUGAUCACUUGGGCGUUUGCUCUCCUAACCUUCCAAGACAUCGUGCCUAUCUCACUAUACAUCUCUAUUGAGGUCGUUCGAACACUUCAGGCCGCCUUCAUCUAUUUCGACUAUGACAUCUGGUAUCGCAAGACUAAUCAAGCAACUAUCGCCAGAAGCUGGAACUUGUCCGAUGACCUUGGCCAAAUCGAAUACAUUUUCUCGGACAAGACUGGAACUCUCACCCAGGCGAACGUCGUACUGACUAGAGCUAAGAAUCAAAUGAUCUUCCGCCAAUGCUCUAUCGGAGGUGUUGCCUACAGAGGCGAUACAGAGGAAGACGGGCCAUCAGCCGACGGAAAGAUGCUCAUAGAAGAGAAGGACGAUGCGUCGGUGGCCAUCCUUGAGGAACCCCUUCUCGACAAGGAAUCCAAGUCCGUUCGGGUCGCCCUCGUCGCCAGCAGCUCCCAGACCGAACUCACUCCCGUCGACCUGACCGACAACCAACACAAAUCAAAUUCCUCGUGCAGCGGCUCUUCUUCGCGAUCGGAACACCGGGACCCUGAUCGCUUCUACGAUUAUCAGCUUCAAUACGACCUGGAAGCAGCCCUUUCCGCGGCCGAAGGAUCGCCAAAUGCAUCGCAUGCCCGGAACCUCAACGGAUUCUUCACUGUCCUGUCAUUGUGCCACACCGUGCUGGCAGCCGUCGAUCCGAACACCCGCGAAGUUUCUUACAAGGCCCAGUCGCCCGAUGAGGCCGCGCUCGUUCAAGCUGCUGCCGACGUUGGGUACAAGUUUAUGGGGCGAGACAAGGAGACUCUCUUCCUCAAGACACCGGCUUCUCCAGAGGUCGAGCGAUACGAACUCCUUAACAUUCUCGAAUUUACGAGCGCGAGGAAGCGGAUGAGCGUGGUAGUGCGCAAGUUGGACGACAAUCAGCAGGAUCAGCGGCCCAUCUUGCUUGUGAAGGGCGCGGACAACGUCAUUUUCGAGAGGCUGAGACCUGGGAAGGAUGCGUUGAAGGAGGAGACGGAGCACCAUCUGAGCGAAUUCGCGAAUAGCGGGUUGCGGACUUUGACUUUGGCUUAUAAGGUGAUACCCGAGGAGGAAUAUCAGGCAUGGUGUAAUCGAUACCACCAAGCUACGCUCGCGAUGCACGAUAGGGAGGCGCGGAUAGAGGAAGUUUGUGAUGAAUUGGAGCGGGACCUUCGGUUGCUGGGUGCUACUGCCAUCGAGGAUCGGCUGCAAGAUGGUGUUCCAGAGACCAUCGCUGAUCUCAAGAAGGCAGGCAUUAAGAUUUGGGUGGCGACGGGUGACAAAAUGGAGACUGCUAUUGCCAUCGGUCGCAGCACCAACCUCGUCAAUCCAGAUUCGAACAUCAUCAUCAUUCGUGGAAGCAGUCGGAGGUCGGUGUAUGACCAGAUGAUCUCGUCUUUCGAGCAGUUCUUCCCUGAGGAGGAGAUGAUUGAGAACAAACCCCGACCAUCGAUGUCGUCAAGGCAUUCUCGAUUCGACCUUUCGGAACGACCCAUCUUACCUCUUAGGCGGGUGAACACCGGCGUGACUUCUAUUGUUGGAGCUGAGAAUGGCGAGAGACCUGGUGGGUUUGUGCUGGUUGUUGAUGGAUCAGCGCUGCUCGAGGCAUUUGCGACGGAUGAGAACAAGGGACUUUUGCUCAAGCUUUCACAACUUUGCGAGGGUGUCAUCUGCUGCCGUGUUUCUCCCCUCCAGAAGGCUCUCAUUGUCAACCUCGUCAAGGAAGGUAUUGGGGCGAUGACUUUGGCUAUUGGCGAUGGUGCCAACGACGUUAGCAUGAUCCAGGCCGCCGAUGUUGGUAUUGGUAUCUCGGGUGAAGAGGGCGUACAAGCCGUCAACUCUUCCGACUAUGCCAUCGCCCAAUUCCGGUUCUUGAAGAAAUUGCUCCUCGUUCAUGGACAUUGGUCUUAUGCUCGUAAUGGCACCAUGAUUGCGAAUUUCUUCUACAAGAAUAUCAUCGCUGUCGGUGUCAAGUUUUGGUUCCAGAUCUAUUGUGGAUGGAGUGCAGCAUUUGUGUACGAUUAUAUUUAUGUUCUGUUCUGGAAUUCGAUAUGGACUAUUGCGCCUGUCGUUGGUAUUGGGUUGUUUGAUCGUAUCAUGGACUACCACAUUUUGAUGGAUGUACCGGAACUGUACCACUAUGGUCGGGAAGGGCAUUGGUUCACUUUGCGUUCAUUCUUUGUCUAUUUAUUCGACGGUGUUCUUCAGUCUGUGAUCAUCUACUUCCUCAUUCAUUUCACCUAUGUCAACACUACUACGCGAGAUGAUGGCUACGACAUCCGACAAGUGGAAUUUUCGACGACAAUGGCGAUCGUCAACGUUAUGGUUGCUAAUUUCUUCGUCGGGAUGAACGCUACUGCUUGGACGUGGUGGCUCGUCUUCGCAGUGAUGCUUGGCAAUGUUGCUGUCUGGCUCUUCACCAUCGUCUAUUCGGUGAUAUCGCCUGAAUUCGCGGUGACGCAACUAUAUGGCAACAUGAACGUCCUCUUCACCUCCGCUACGUUCUGGCUCUGUCUACCUAUCACGAUCGCCCUACCUCUUUUGCCGCGAUACCUGGCCAAAGCCUGGAAGUUCUCUAUCACUCCAGGUGAUAUUGAGGUUCUCCUCACUGCCCAGUCGCAAAACCCCCACCAAGACUGGAAACGAUAUUCCGGGAAGCAAGAGUCGGAGCUCGCGCAGCUCAAGUCGCAUGCUCAGCACGACGUUUCAAGAAGCGCCUCGAGGACAUCUUUUUACGGACGGCCUUCCAUGGAUAUCCGGAUGGCUAGUGGUAGCAGGACGGACAUGGCGACUGGGUUGGUGUCGGUGGAUCGUGGGUUUGAUUUCGCGACGGAGGAAGGCGGAGUCCAUUUGCAAAGGAUACAGACGAAUAUCUCAGAGAGGAGGUUUGGGAGCCAGGUGGCUGUGGGUAGUCCGCCUGAAAGUCCGCCAGGGCAUAAGGGCAAGGGUACGUUUAGGAGGGUGUUUACACUUGGGAGGGGGAAGGUAAAGGAGCCGAGUCUUGGGACUAUAUUCUCUCCUACGAAGGGUUCUGAACCGCCUCGGUCUCCAAGCCCUCCCAAUCCUUCAUGAUUCUUAUGACGAACCCUGUUGCUUUUUCCCCCAUGCUGCCCCCGCUUCCCUGCUGCUAUGUUGCAUCUUUCACGAUCUGUCCCGAUUAUAGACUUUCUCUAUUUUUAUUUUGGUUACGGGCUCAGUUUUUACGCUUUUCUCAGCUUCAUGACAUUCCAAGUCGUGUGUAUCAUCAGAUAUCUACCUUUAGCAUUAAUGGUUUUCUGGCUCUUUCCCCCUUGCGUGACAUGUACGUAGGACAAUCUAUCUUUUCAGUACGUA